UCAGGCGAAGUGCGCAGUCAGGCGCUUUUCUUCUGCCGAUGCAGAAGACGACGCGCUGUUUGCUCUGAUUGGCUACAGCCCAGCGAGCCAAGUGCAACACACGACAUCAUAGCCUCUGCCCGGCACUGCAUUCUUCACGAGUCUGUACGAUGUGUAGCUAAAAAAAUAGCCCUACUAUAUUUAGCUGCGUCUGCCACGCGUAGCAUAGUACCGCGGGUUGCAGCGACGAACCCGCUUGCUGCAGCUCACCGAGGACAACCGCUCUCUGUGGGUGACGUACGUGGUUCCAGGCACGUGGCGAGCCGGUCCGGGAAUCAGCACAUAUCCGAUUGGAACAGGUCGUCUGCUUCCCAAGUUUCACAACUUCGAGGUGCUUUUGGUCAAGUGGCGUGGACGAUUCGGGCAUCCCGCGACAUCACAUGUUCUUCAUCCGAGAUAAGAACAAGUCGGAGCGGAGAGUUUCUCUGCGAGGCCCGCCUCACUGUUCACAGCCUGAAACAACUUUUCCUGACAGCGGACAGAUUUUUAUCGAUUCCACUUCUCGUGACUUUCGCCGCAGUGAUGACUAACACCUGUACGAUGACGUUCUACAUGGUCACGACUGAAAUCUAUCUCGGCUACAUCUCGAAGGUAAUGGCUGUCGCGUACGUCGUGCACAGCGGAUUCACCUUGGUCGUGGCAACGUACUACGCCCGCAAUGUCAAAACGCAGGCGGGCAAGCUAAAGGAGUCUCUCUUAACGUGGACUAAAGCCAGCGUCAACGGAGCGUUACAGAGAGAGGUCCUUUCGCUGUUGCUGCAGUUCAACGAAGAGGCAUUCACCUUCAACGCUUGUGGCUUCUUCAAAGUCCAAUCACCAAUAUUCAGACCGAUGGUCGGUGUCGUGGUCACCUACACACUAGUACUGUACCAGACAAAGCUAGCGGCUCUCUCGUGGUCGCCGCCGCCAUGUGUCGUGGGCGCCAACUCUUCGCUGACACCGGUUCACUAGCCUCUGCAAUCGUGGCAUCAUGUUGUGCGCUCACACGGAACAGCGUUAAUGAGCACCUGCAAAUUGGCGUCGUUUCAGAGCAAAAUGUUCUUAAUAAAACUGCAGCUAUAGCCAGGA